AUGAAGAGCUUAGAAAUAGUACUUGUCACUGAAGUCGGAAAAGAAAACAACAUCCAACACAUGCUUCGUAAAGUAAAGCGGGCUACUGGUAGAGUGACCGUCAACGAUAUUGACGCCUUGGCAACAAAGGCUCGCGAACAGAGCGUUGAAUUCAGGAGACGCGUCUCUCAACGGGUUUCCCUCCUUGGUGUCGGUGGGCUGAUUGAAGACUACCAGGAUGAAGAAGAAGGAGUGUAA